AGAGGUUGGGGUCCUUUAAGGGUCUCGCCUGCCUGCCUGCUUACCUGCCAUCGAGUACCGCCGCUGUUCGAAAAGGUGAAAGAUAGCCGACUCUGCCGCGAGACGCAGUCGCCCUUUGGAGCUAUGAUGGUGGGAAAGACGAGCGCCAUCGCCGCGGCGGGAGUGUGCGGGGCCCUCUUCGUCGGUUAUUGUAUUUAUUUCGAUCGGAAGAGACGCAGCGACCCCAACUUCAAGAACAGGCUCCGGGAACGGAGGAGGAAACAGAAGGUGGCGAAAGAGCGAGCUGGCAUGGCCAAGCUUCCGGAUCUUCAAGACGCUGAGGCCGUCCAGAAGUUUUUCCUGGAGGAGAUCCAGCUGGGGGAGGAGCUCCUGGCCCAAGGCGAUUACGAGAAAGGUGUGGAGCACCUGACCAACGCCAUCGCCGUCUGCGGACAGCCUCAACAGCUCCUGCAAGUCCUCCAACAAACGCUGCCGCCGCCCGUCUUCCAGAUGCUUCUCACCAAACUGCCCAGCAUCAGCCAGCGUAUCGUGAGCGCACAGAGUCUGAGCGAGGACGACAUUGAGUGAAGUCAGCCGUCCUCAUCUUCCAUGGCGGCGACACCCGUUUGGUCGGAGGGACGCCCCGCCCCGCUCUGUCUGGAAGCUGGCGCCAGCCUCUCAUCUUGUGUCGAAUUUUGAUGUCCUGUUUUUGUCAUCGGCAGAAUAAACGCCAAAGUGGGAAGAAACGUUGUCCUUCAC